GAUUAGUCUAUGAUCGAAAGCUAAUAAAUCUACUCCCUGUUGCGGAUAUUCAAAUAAGCAUGCUCUUGUUAAAUUUUGCUUCACAUGAGUCUUAAGAGCAGAGACAAACCGUCAAGUUAAGACAAUUUUUGUUCUGUGUAGGGUGUAUAUAGGUUAACAGAAUUAGAACAUAAGAAAAAGGCAAAUAAUUAUUGAUUUUCCUGUAGAAUUCUGAAUUAUGUUUUAAAAAUAUUGUGACCAUGUCACAAGAAACUGAGGAACCAGAUGCUAAAAUUAAAGAUAAGAGGUUGUGGAUUGGUAAUUUAGAUUUUCGCAUAACUGAGUAUCAACUUUUGAAACUUGUGCAAAAACAUGGUGAUAUUGUUAAGUUUGACCUCCUUUUUCAUCGAACUGGACCACAAGCAGGUCAACCUAGGGGCUAUGCUUUUGUUACCUACUUGAAAGAAGAAGAUGCAUUGAAUGCUAAAGAAAAAUUGCAUAAUAUGUUGGUGGGUCAAAAAAGAAUCAAUGUUACUUGGGCGCAUAAUAUGAAUAAUGAGGAAAUCUCGAAGCCACGACAACAGAUAAUUAUUCCCGCCUUAGCUAUGGCAAAACCAGUGAGAAAAAACGACAGAGAAUCUCAAAUUCAAGCAAUUGAAGCCAAGUUGAAGUUAUUGGAAAGAAAAUCAUCAGAAGAACUUAGGAUAAACGAUACAGUGGCAACUAAAACCCCUAUUAUUGCUCAAUUCCAACAGAAUAAAGUACAGAAUAAAACCAAAACAAAAAUUUCUGAUUUGAGGAGAACUAAUCCUUAUAAAAAGGGCCAUAAUAAUCGUAGAUAAUAGUAUUUUAAUCUCUUUCAAAACUAACUGUUUUUAAUACGUUAUUUUAAACCGUUGUUCAGUAGGUAAACAUAUUUAUUAUUGAUGAAAAUGAUCAUAUUGUGUCAAUCUAAACAGUAUUUUUUGAGGUAGCAUUAGGAAUAAAAGUUGUAGAUAUUA